UCAUACAGAAUAUAUCUUCUCUUUCUCUCUCUCCCUCCUACCACUUUGUCUUUAAAAGAAAUUCCCCUUUAUCUCCUCAGUUAAGUGUCAAUGUAGAAGAAAAAAAUUUUAUCAGUCUUUCCUCUGUCGUCUUCUCAAUACAUGAGUGGGUAUUCUCUGCAAAUUCAGCUCAAAAAGCCCAAAACUUGAUCUGGGUUUCUCUGAAUUGCCAAAACCAGAAUCUGCCUCCUUUUUGUCCAAAGUUUCAGUCUUUAUUUUUGUUCAACUCUUUCUUUGAAUCACAUAUCCUGAGUGCAAGAUGGGUUGUUGUAGCAGCAAGGAGAAGCCUUCAAAAUCAGAGGCUAAUAAAGGGUACAGGUCAGGAGGCACUGGUAAUUUAAGGCAGAACCAACAACAACAAUCUUAUUAUCAACAACCAGAAUACCAGCAACAACAGGCCGUGCAGCACCCAAAAAUGACCGUCCCUCAAACUCAAACACAAACCCCGCAAACAAGGCCCCAACAACCUCAGGCAUCAACCCCCCCUCCAGUAAGAGCAGCACCUACGAACCUUACAGCAAGAUCAGUUCAAACGCCACAGACCAUUCUGGGCAAACCCUUGGAAGACAUUAAGCAGUACUACAGUCUAGGGAAAGAACUGGGUAGAGGCCAAUUUGGUGUUACUUAUUUGUGCACAGAGAAUUCCACUGGCCACAUUUAUGCCUGCAAAUCCAUACUGAAGAGAAAACUAAUCAAUAAGGGUGACAGAGAAGAUAUCAAGAGAGAGGUUCAGAUUAUGCAGCACUUGUCUGGGCAGCCAAAUAUUGUAGAGUUUAGGGGUUCCUAUGAGGAUAGGCAAUCUGUUCAUGUUGUGAUGGAGCUUUGUGCUGGAGGGGAACUUUUUGAUCGUAUUAUUGCUAAAGGGCAUUAUUCGGAGAGAGAUGCCGCUAGGAUUUGCAAGGAUAUUGUGAAUGUGGUGCACGCUUGCCAUUUUAUGGGAGUGAUGCACCGUGAUCUCAAGCCGGAGAAUUUCUUGCUGGCUAGCAAGGAUGAGGGAGCAAUGUUGAAGACCACUGAUUUUGGACUGUCUGUGUUCAUUGAGGAAGGGAAAACAUACCGUAAUAUAGUUGGUAGUGCUUAUUAUGUUGCUCCUGAAGUAUUGAGGCGUAGUUAUGGAAAGGAAAUAGAUAUUUGGAGUGCAGGAGUUAUUUUGUAUAUUCUACUCAGUGGUGUACCUCCAUUUUGGGCUGAAACUGAAAAAGGAAUAUUUGAUGCUAUUCUAGAAGGAUACAUUGAUUUUGAAAGUUCACCAUGGCCAUCAAUAUCUGACAGUGCCAAAGAUCUGGUCAGGAGAAUGCUGACUCAGGACCCAAAAAGGCGAAUUACUUCAGCACAAGUUCUUGACCAUCCAUGGAUUAAAGAUGGAGGUGCAGCAUCAGACAAGCCAAUAGAUAGUGCAGUUCUCUCUAGAAUGAAGCAAUUCAGGGCAAUGAAUAAGCUCAAGAAGCUAGCAUUAAAGGUUAUUGCUGAAAAUCUCUCUGAAGAAGAAAUUAAAGGUCUUAAAGCAAUGUUCACAAACAUGGACACUGACAAGAGUGGCACAAUCACCUAUGAAGAGCUGAAGACAGGUUUAGCUCGACUUGGGUCAAGGCUCUCUGAAACUGAAGUUAAACAAUUAAUGGAAGCUGCCGAUGUGGAUGGAAAUGGAACAAUCGACUACAUUGAGUUUAUCUCUGCUACAAUGCAUAGAUAUCGACUGGAAAGAGAUGAGCAUCUAUACAAAGCAUUUCAGUACUUUGAUAAGGAUAGCAGUGGGUAUAUAACAAGAGAUGAAUUAGAGUCUGCCAUGAUGGAGUAUGGUAUGGGAGAUGAGGCCAGUAUUAAGGAAAUAAUUUCUGAGGUGGAUACAGAUAAUGAUGGGAAAAUCAACUAUGAAGAAUUCUGCACUAUGAUGAGAAGUGGAGUACAACAACCAGGAAAGCUUUUCUAGUUAUAGGCAUAAGACCGGAGUUGCUAUUUAAUGCGUUAGUAGAAGAACCAGAGCAAAGCUGCUAAGAGAGGUAAGAAGUAUGACAGUCCAGAUGCCACCAUGUGAAUUUGCAAGGGGCAGUUUGAGCACUAGUUGGACUGCUUGGACAUGCAUUAUAGUGUUUGUGCAUAUCUAUUUUCUUGUCUCUUCUAUUUUCUAGGUUCUUGUUGUUUUCUCUUCCAUUUUAACCUGAUUCUUUACUUUGAAUUUUAAUCAAAUAGUCUUUUAAUUAAACCUGUGGUGGAUGAUGAAUAAAUUAGACUGCUAAUUUUCUAUGGAGGUA